GGGAGGAGCGGGCAGAGCAGCUGCAGGAGUUGCUGGGAGCGCGCGCGGUGCGAUCACUCGGCGUCGGAGGAGGCCCAGAGACCUGAACGCAGACGCUUCUCCCGCGGCCUACAGCGUCUUCUCCCCACCGGAGGACCAGGAAACCGCAGUUCUCAUCACAGAGGUACCGUGCUCUGCGCUCCCCGCCCGGCUCAGCCUGCUGUGGUGGCGCCUCCUUCCUUCCUUCUUCCCUCGCUCUCUUUCUCGCCCGCCCGCGCCUUCUCUGUCUGCCUGCGUCACCGCGGCCGCCAUGGCUGAGAACGGCGAGAGUAGCGGCCCCCCGCGCCCCUCCCGCGGCCCUGCCGCGGCCCAAGGCCCUGCCUCUGCCCCGGCCGAGCCCAAAAUCAUCAAAGUUACUGUGAAGACCCCCAAAGAGAAAGAGGAGUUCGCGGUGCCCGAGAAUAGCUCAGUCCAGCAGUUUAAGGAAGCGAUUUCAAAACGCUUCAAAUCCCAAACCGACCAGCUAGUGUUGAUUUUUGCCGGAAAAAUCUUAAAAGAUCAAGAUACCUUGAUUCAGCAUGGCAUCCAUGAUGGACUGACUGUUCAUCUUGUAAUUAAAAGCCAGAACCGACCUCAGGGCCAGUCCACACAGCCUAGUAAUGCCGCGGGAACUAAUACUACCUCCGCGUCGACUCCCAGGAGUAACUCCACAUCUGUUUCCACAAAUAGCAACCCGUUUGGGCUGGGGAGCUUAGGAGGACUUGCAGGCCUUAGCAGCCUGGGCUUGAGCUCGACCAACUUCUCUGAGCUCCAGAACCAGAUGCAGCAGCAGCUCCUGUCCAGCCCUGAGAUGAUGAUUCAAAUCAUGGAAAAUCCCUUUGUUCAGAGCAUGCUUUCAAAUCCCGAUCUAAUGAGGCAGCUCAUUAUGGCCAAUCCACAGAUGCAGCAGUUGAUUCAGAGAAAUCCAGAAAUCAGUCACCUGCUCAACAACCCAGAUAUAAUGAGACAGACCCUGGAAAUUGCCAGGAAUCCAGCCAUGAUGCAAGAGAUGAUGAGAAAUCAAGAUUUGGCUCUCAGCAAUCUUGAAAGCAUCCCAGGUGGCUACAAUGCUCUACGACGCAUGUACACUGAUAUUCAAGAACCCAUGCUGAAUGCUGCACAAGAGCAGUUUGGGGGUAAUCCAUUUGCCUCGGUGGGAAGCAGUUCCACCUCUGGGGAAGGUACACAACCUUCCCGCACAGAAAAUCGAGAUCCACUACCCAAUCCAUGGGCACCACCACCGGCUACCCAGAGUUCUGCAACCACCAGCACAACCUCCAGCAGUGGCAGUGGCUCUGGCAGUAGCUCCAGCAGUGCUACUGGGAACACCGUGGCUGCAGCCAACUAUGUUGCCAGCAUCUUCAGUACCCCAGGAAUGCAGAGCUUGCUGCAACAGAUAACUGAAAACCCUCAACUGAUCCAGAAUAUGCUGUCUGCACCCUACAUGAGAAGCAUGAUGCAGUCGCUGAGCCAGAAUCCAGAUUUAGCUGCACAGAUGAUGCUGAAUAGCCCGGUGUUUACUGCAAAUCCUCAGUUGCAGGAGCAGAUGCGUCCACAGCUCCCAGCUUUCCUGCAGCAGAUGCAGAAUCCAGACACACUAUCAGCCAUGUCAAACCCAAGAGCAAUGCAGGCUUUAAUGCAGAUCCAGCAGGGGCUACAGACAUUAGCCACUGAAGCUCCUGGCCUCAUUCCAAGCUUCACUCCAGGUGUGGGGGUAGGGGUGCUGGGAACCGCUAUAGGCCCUGUAGGCCCAGUCACACCCAUAGGCCCCAUAGGCCCCAUAGUCCCAUUUACUCCCAUAGGCCCCAUUGGGCCCAUAGGACCCACCGGCCCUGCAGGCCCUGGCUCUACUGGCUCUGGAGGCCCCCCUGGGCCCACUGUUUCUAGCUCUACACCCACCGAAACCACUAGCCCAACAUCAGAAUCUGGACCCAACCAGCAGUUCAUUCAGCAAAUGGUGCAGGCUCUGGCUGGGGCAAGUCCUCCACAGCUGCCGAAUCCAGAAGUCAGAUUUCAGCAACAACUGGAACAGCUCAACGCAAUGGGGUUCUUAAACCGUGAGGCAAACUUGCAGGCUCUAAUAGCAACAGGAGGCGACAUCAAUGCUGCCAUUGAAAGGCUGCUGGGCUCCCAGCCAUCCUAAUUACAUUUCUGUACCUUGAAAAAAAUGUAUCUUAUUUUUGAUAAUGGCUCUUAAAUCUUUAAACACACACAAAAACGUGCUUUACUUUCAUUUUGAUUCUUUUAAAUCUAAUUAUAAGUCUAAUAUGCAUUUUAAGGUGGAGUCCAUCCUUCUGUCCCUCCUUCCUGUAUCUAUCCUUCCUGCCUGCCUGCCUUCCUUCCUUCUUUCCUACCUCCCUCUAUCCCUUUCUCCUUCCUUCCUUCCUUACUUUCUUCCUUCCUUCUCUGUUUUGAAUGGUGGUAAUUGUAAUCAAUGCUGUUUCACUCAAAGGUGUUGCAUGCAAACACUUCUCUUUAUUCUGCAUUUAUUGUGAUUUUUGGAAACCGGUAUCAGCCUUCACUGUUAAGUGAAUAAGUUUUGUCCUACAGAUGUCCAAUUUAUUUGCAUUUUAAACAUUAGCCUAUAAUAGUAAUUUAAUGUAGAAUUAAAAUAUUAAAAACAAGCAAAUUAUUUGAAGCUCUCCAAUUUGUGGUACAAUAUUGCUUAUUGUGACUUUGGCAUGUAUUUUUGCUAGCAAAAUGCUGUAAGAUUUAUACCAUUAUUUGCUCUUUUUGCUAUGUUUUACACAGUACAGUAAGCACAAUUGGAACUGUACAUCUAGAAUUAUUACAACAGAAUCUAAGCAGAAUAUGUGUAACCAAAAUAAGAAAGAAUAUAAGAAAUAUUUCUGGAGCUAGGUAUGUCUCACAGUUUUGUAGAAUCUUACAGCAUCUUUGAUAAAUUCAGUGAAAAUGUUGGCUAGGCAAGUUCAGUUAAAAUAUAGUAGAAAUGUUUAUCCUGGUAUUUCUAAGUAUACAUUUAAUUGUACAGAAAACUUACAGUGUGACAUUGUGUCAACAUUUUCAAAUUAACUGUAUAUGACCGUAAUUUUUGUGCAGCCUGAAGGAUCAGUGUAGUAAUGCCAGGAAAGUGCUUUUUACAUAAGACUUCCUUCUCAGCUUUUCCCAUAAAGAGACCCUAAUAAGCAUUUUGAUCUGUAAUUGGAAAUGUAACUUUCACUGAAAAGUGUCAUGUGAUGUUUGCAUUACUUUUACCUGCUAUGUAUAAAGGAAACUGUAUCUUUUGACUCUAUCAGUUAUUUCUCUUGUGCACAGGGAAAAAUGCAUUAAAAAUGGCUAAAAAAAUAAAAAAAAUUAAAAAUGGAUAAA